AUGAACAUGAUCGAGAUCGAACGCGCGCUGCGCGAGCUGCGCCUGUCCGGCAUCGCCGAGACCCUGUCCACCCGCGUGAUGCAGGCCCAGGCCGCCCAGCAGCCUUUCCUGGAGACCUUCGCCGCCAUGCUGCAAGACGAGCUGGACCGCCGGCGCUCUCGCCUGACCGAGCGCCGCUUCAAGCGCUCGGUUCAUCGGCAGGGGGCCAACGCGCUGAUCAUCGGCAAGCCGGGCACCGGCAAGAGCCAUGUGGCCAAGGCCGUGGCCUACCAGGCAACGCUGCAGGGCUAUGACGUGCGUUACCUGGAAGCCGACACCGAGUUCGCCCGUUACGCGCUGGCCACUACGGCAGAGCGCACCGAGCUGCUCAAGGACUGGGUCGCGCCGGACCUGCUCGUCCUCGAUGACCUGUUCCUGGCCAGACGCAUCAGCGAGCAUGCCGCUGAAGUCCUGCAGGCCAUCGUGCACCAGCGCUACAAGCUGCGCCGCGCUGUUCUCAUCACGUCCAACCGCGUGGUGCAGGACUGGGGCAAAUACCUCGGCGACGCCACCAUGGCCAGCACCAUCCUGGAUCGCCUCAUGCACCGCUGCGCGAUGCUGGAGUUCGAGGGCAAGAGCUACCGCCUCAAGGAGGCCGCUGCACGCAUCGCCAUCACACCCGAGUCGUCAUAA